GUCAAUUACACACAACUAUCUGAAGUUUCCAGAAUGUUUCACGCAAGUAACGCAGGGUAAAAUUGCCACGCUAAAUCCAGCAAUGAUUAGCCCGCAUUAGUCAUUCACCCCUAUCUAGAAUAGGUAAAGCCUUCGCAAAUCUUAACCUUAAUAAGGUUGGGGAUUAUUAUAGUGUUUUUCACGUCACCUCGCAUAAAAACUGGAGGUCGACGUGUAUUUGCGAUUAAGGAGAAUCUUGAGCUCCGUUGGAGAAUGCUUCGAGAACUUGGCGAAUGCCUUGUAGUCAGCACCAGGCUGAAAAUUCGGAUUUUCUUUUCCUUUAGCAGAUAAAUAUGUCCCCGUAUACUAGGGCUCGCGGAAGAGUUUCUAGGAGUUGUGGGAACUGUCGAGCUAUCAAGAGGCGCUGCGACCAGCAGCUUCCCCAUUGCGGGCAGUGCGUUCGACUACGUGAAAAAUGCCCCGGUUACCGAGAUGAAUGGGAGCUUGUCUUCCGCGACCAGACUAACAGGACCAUUAAGCGCUCCAAAGAGCAAAGGGCCAAAGGAACUGCCAGUAACCUACCCCCGCCUACUUCCAACUUGAGAACCCGCGUAGAUGAGAUAGGAGUCAACUAUUUUUUCCGCCACUUCGUCAUCGGCGGCCGAUCCAAUUCCCGCGGAUGCCUCAACUACAUUCCGUCUGUUUAUCAUGCCGAUGGCGAGCAAUUUACAUUGGUUGCUAGCAUGGCAGCCGUAGGCCUUGUGGCAUUGGCUAAUUUGACUCAACAUCCCGAGUUGGCCAGCCACGCGAGAGCCAAAUACUUGGAGGCAAUCCAGAAGGUGAAUGCUGCGUUGGCAUCGCCUGUCGAGUCCGUCAAGGACAGCACCUUGAUGUCAGUAAUUUCGUUGGGGGUGUUUGAGCACGUUUCUGGAUAUGAAUCGUUUGCUCGACAUGUCCAUGGCGCUGCAGCACUGGUGGCUGCCCGAGGCAAGAGCCAAUUCUCCAGUCCUGUCAGACAACUCAUGUUUAAUCAAGUGCGCACAGAUCUGGUGCUUGCAUGUUUCCGUGGUACAGAACCAUUUCCGGAGAAUAUUUUAGAGCUACAGGAAGAGGCAGCCAAGCACGCAGACACCUCUACUGCGUGGUGGCUCAUGGGGGUGCUGGGUACCCGAUGCGCUAGACUACUCACGAGCGUCAGGGAUAAUCAAACGACUGAGGAAAUCUCUUGGUCCGAAUUGCUGGAGGAAGCAACUGUGUUGGAGCGUGACUUUGAAUCCCUCGUUCCUGUCCUCGCUAUACAGGAACCAUUUACAACCGUCCGAGCAUCUGAUGGGGACCCAAACAUAAUUCAUAAUGGUUUCAUUUACCACUUUAAGGAUCCUUGGUCCAUCAGGCUUUGGGUCAAUUUGCGAACUCUUCAAAUGGUUACCAGUGAGAUCAUUUACUUCGUUUUGAUCAAGAUUCUCGCGGAGGAUCUCGCACCGUCCGUCCGGGAGCAUAUGAAGCUGGUACUCCGAAGAACACUGCACACACUGUCCAGACUGGGGGACAACAUCCUUGCCAUCGUUCCACAGGCUUUAGAAUUCAUGUCCUCGACACCUAAUGCUUGCCCCACUAUCGGCUUCUCCUUCCAAGGCAGCGUGGCGGGUGGUUAUAUGCUUACUUGGGGUCUCUACAUGGUAGGGAAAUGCUUGGCCACGAAAAGUGAAACUCGAAAGUUGGUCAUCCAACUUCUCCAGAACAUCGGUAGGAGCACAGGCAUCUCAGUCGCGCUGCAGCUGGUCGAGAAUGUAAUAAAGAUUGAUCGAAUGGUCGCUGAGUAUCAUUCAUCUAAUUCUUAACGUUUAGGUUCUGGUAUCAGCUCACCUACCACAUGCUAUCGAAUGAAGAUGCAUACAUGUAUUACAUUUCAAUUAUUAGUGACGCUUAAAAUGGCGUUAAAGAGGACUAUUCCUGACCUCUAAUAGCCUGUUUCAUAGUGAUAUAGAGUUUAUCUAUAUUAGGACACGCGCGAUUGACACCCCCGAUCAAAGAUUUUCAAUCUCCUUUUAGAACACGCAGGGAUAUAUAGCUUCUCAACCUCCUUGCACUUAGCUAGGUAAAACAGCCCUCGGUUUUUUACAGAGAUUUAGCGUUACAAUAUUCACAAUUGCAUACGAACGCAGUAGGUG